CCUCGCACCACCAUGCGCCAGUACGAAAUAUCAGAAGUUCUGAUCAGUACUUUAUUGGAAGAAGAGAAGAUCAUGCAACUCUUUCUCUCUUGUGUUUACUUCUUUCUUUAGCCAAAAUGAUCAAGCUGAAUCAGUAAUCGAUGUUGACCCCCCAGAUAACUCCUCCCAACAGUUUGUCCUCUCAGACUCCUCCAGGUCACCCAGAGUUUGUAAAAAUUGAUGAGAAGUAUAUGUGUAUCCUGUGUAACAAUGUCCUUAAUGAUGCCGUACAAACCCUGUGCGGGCACCGACUCUGUCAGGCGUGUUCUGACAAUUACCUCCAGGGUGGGGGCAACAGACAAUGUCCUUACCAGGAGGAAAUGUGUGAAAUGCUGCAAAAAGAAGGGAUAAUACCAGAUACCAGUGCUCGUAGAGAGAUACGACAGCUGAAGGUCUACUGUCCAAACAAACUCCGGGGGUGCCAUAAAAUUGUCAAGUGGAAAGAGCUAGAGAAGCACAUAGAAGAAUGUCCACAUGAACCAUUAUCCUGUCCAUACAAGGAUUGGGGAUGUCAGGAGAUGGUGGAGAGAAUGAGUUUACCUGACCAUCAGCUGGUCUGUCCAUUCAUCCCAAUACAGUGUGAACACUGUGGACAAACCAUUCCAAAAGAAUCAUUACCGGAACAUGAAAAAGAAAACUGUAUGAAAAUUCCCAUAAACUGUGAAUAUGGCUGUAAUACUGGCCCAUUUCCAAGAGAUCAGAUAUUACAGCAUCAGGAAAUCUGUCCAAAAAAGCCCCGGAUUUGUAAAUAUGCUUCUGCAGGCUGUACAUUUCAGGGCCUUGCUGAGGAGGUGGAGGAACAUGAGAGACAGAACCAAGAUGUACAUCUACAACAAGUCACGUUACAAAUGGCUAAGAUUGAUCUACACAGUAUAGACAUCAGAAGAGAACUUCAGGAAAUGGAAAGAAUAAGACAAGAGGCUCAGAAACAAGUGAGUGAAGCAAGAAAAGAAAUAGAGGAAUUGAGGCAACUGGCUGAUGAUAUCAGGAGACACAGUCGGAAAUUUAAGAUUGAUGUGGUGGAAUUGACGGAGCGGAUUAUCCAUGCAGAGAAGCAGGUGGAAGAACUAGCCCAGCCAGAGAGUUACAAGAGAACAAUCAGUGAUGUGAACAUUCUGAGGGAGAACAUCCGGAGUUUGAAGGACCGUGCUAAUGAGCUCCUGACACUCCACUCAUCAGAACAGGGAGGAGCUUCUGCAACUGCUACCCCCGCCUCCUCAGAUCCAUACACAGACGUACAACAACAAACACGAUCAUUAGGACUACAGGAUGCCAGAUUGGCUGAGUUAGAUCUGCGAUUUCAGAUUUUAGAGACCAUAAAUUAUGAAGGUGUAUUAUUCUGGAAAAUUACAAACUACCGUCGAAGAAAACAAGAAGCUGUGUCAGGGAAGACUCUCUCCAUUUAUAGUUCACCGUUUUUUACGAAUCGUUAUGGAUACAAAAUGUGUGCUCGAGUUUAUCUUAACGGUGAUGGAAUGGGCAAAGGAACGCAUUUUUCAAUUUUUUUCGUUGUCAUGCAGGGGGAAUAUGAUGCCCUGUUGCCAUGGCCAUUUCGACAGAAAGUGACGUUCCAGAUUAUUGACCAGAGUGGGAGUAGAAGACAUUUAUCUGAUUCAUUUAAACCUGAUCCAAGUAGUUCUAGUUUUAAACGCCCACUAGCAGAAAUGAACAUAGCUUCAGGCUGUCCUUUGUUUGUCAGCCAUUCUAUCUUAGAAACUUCUGGUAAUUAUAUAAGAGAGGACACAUUGUUUGUUAAAGUUAUCGUAGAUACUAAUGGACUUGUACCUAUUUAAUACUUAUUAAAAUUUUUAAAAUAAUAAUAUUCAAA